CCUUGGCCUUGUAACAUCAUAUAAAACAAUCGGUCACGCACAACAAACGCAAGAACCGAGAACUCGGACUGAUCAAACACAUCAGAGUAUUAGCAGAUAAAUUUUGGUGUAUGGCAUCAAAGAUCCUUCUGGUAGUGAUCGGCGUCGCGGUGGUCAGCGUGGUUGCAUCGGCGGCGCCGCCGGCGCAGCCACCGCGCAUACAAGCGGACGUCGUCGUGAUGGGCUACGUGCCGUGCAACAACGGCACCUCCAUGAAAUCGGGCUCUGCUCCCGGGUUCCCAAACGCGGUGGUGCAGCUGCAGUGCGCGGGGGACGCCGUGGCGGCGGUGGCGGCGGGGAGCGCGACGACGGACGGCAAGGGGUGGUUCCGCAUGGCGAUGAACACGACGGCGGCGCUGUCGAGCGUGGCCAGCGGCUGCUCGCUGGUGGUGACCACGCCGCUGGCGACGUGCGACGCGGCGCUCCCGGCGACGGGGACGCUCCAGUCCGGCCUCCGGCUCCUCGUCAGCAUGGUCUUCUUCCCGCGUGGCUUCUCCUACGUCGUUUGAUCUGUUCGUCUGGGUCCCAUGGUCAAUUGCUCUACGUGCAGUUAGUAUCUACGCCUGAGAAAUUAUUAAACUCUUCUUCUCGUUUUUUAUGUUACUCGAAUGGUUAUAAAAAGAAUUGAAAAAAAACCAACAUUUUUAGAACAAUGGCCGUCUGGGUCACUCCUCGCUCGAUUUUUUUAGAACAAUCGUCGCUCGUGAUUUGCGGCAACAAUGUGAAGUGAACAGACGAUGCCCCACUCCCAAUUUUGCCCUCCCACCGUCAAAAGGUAUCUGGUACCUGCUCCAGGAAGAUGCGGUACUAGCAAGUACCAACCUUAUCCAGCCGUUAGAUCUUGUGUGAUGGACGGUGAGGAUUUGGUACCACCUCUUUUCAAGGACUGUAAAAACCUCUAGUGUUAAUGGCCGGUGAGAAAAAAAAAAUCUAAUGGAGCACAUGCAUGCUAGGACAUAGUAUACGGACGCUACACCGCUAUCCAAAUAGAAAUUCACUCCAGACAGAGCUGGUUGAAAUUUGCAUGCGUACGUGCUCAAUCCAUACACACAAAUUGUGCAAGAAAUUUACCGGCUCCUCUAGUCUAGCCUGCCUAUAUAUUGGCACCAGAUAAAAUUACUAAUACACAAGAAGAACAGCUCUAAAAAUUUUGUAACUAUGGCAGUGAUGAAAAGCCAGCUUGUCCUGGCCACUCUGUUCCUAGCGGGCCUUGUAGCGCGAGGCGCGGAGGCGAGUAUAGCCGGCGUCGUCUACUGUUCACUGCAAUGCCUCACAUUGCCCAAUCUUCUGCCGAAGGCUACCGUGCGUCUGCAGAUCAGUAGCUACGAAAUCCCGACUGCUGGCAACCAAGGCUUCAUCAGGAGGAACAGCAAGGGCCAAUUCGUGGUGUUGCUGAACGUGACAUCGAGCGAGAUGAUGGGUUCUCUGAUGAGCGGCAGCGGUAGAGUGGCGGUGAUCACUCCUCCUCCGGCGGCGAGCGGCGGCGCGUCUCUCCCCGCCGCCGCCGCCGCCGGCGGGACGACCUUGGUGGCGCCGGUUGUCCCUCACGGCGCAAGAAUACUCGGUGCCACCGCUGCAGACAAUACACUGCGUCAAAUUCUCGACCAGCUGCAAUCUUCGAGUGAUCUGCUUCCAGGACUUGCGCAAGGACUAGAUUACCUACUCAGUAACGCCACAAUGGAGGUUCUCCGUGAGCUAGCCGACGACAUAGUCCCAACUGGAGUAUCCUACGGCGGCGACACCGUUGAUGCUUAUGUUGCUUUUGACGUCGGGCCCUUCUCCUACUCUCCUAACAAUUGAUGAGGUCUAACGCGUACCACACUGCCUAGUGUGUAAUGGCCAGCUAGUAAUGAAAUAAUCCAUGCGCGUGCUUUGUGAUAAAUCAAAUAAAGCUUGUAUAUCUCUGUUUA